AUGCCUUCCACUUGCGAGUCGUAUGAUUAUAUUAUUUGCGGAGGAGGCACCUCCGGCUGCGUCAUCGCACGUCGUCUAGCAGAUAACCUAGACCUGACGAUCCUAGUCAUCGAAGCAGGCCCAGACAGCAAUGAUCUCGAGAACGUCCAUAUGACAGGCGGCUGGAACAAGAACUUCGGCAAAUCCACCGACUGGAACAUCGUCACUCCUCCCAUGCCCGGCGUGAACAACCGCCGCGUCAAUCUCAGUCGAGGCAGGCUUCUCGGUGGCAGCAGCGGCGUUAACGGCACGCUGUGCAUCCGAGGAAGUAAACAAGACUACGACAAUUGGGAUCUGGACGGAUGGAGUGGCGAGGAAGUGUUCCAGUACAUGAACAGGGCGGAAACAUUCCAUCCAAAACCAUGGUACAACGCCGACGCGAGCGACCACGGCUUCUCGGGUCCCCUGGACAUCAAACCGCACGACCUAGCACCCAUCUCGCAGCGGAUGCUGGACUCCUUCGUCUCGUCCGGCCUACCAUUCCACAACGACCUAGGCACCGUCUGCGGCGUUCCGAACGGAUGUGGCCACGCUCCGCGCACCGUCUACAAGGGCGUCCGGUCCACGGCGGCGGACUUUCUCACAGACCACCAUCGCCGUGAGAACAUCACCAUCAAAACUGAUAUGACUGUCGACCGGGUGAUUCUUGAACAAUCUAAAGAACAAUGGCGAGACGUCGUCGACGGAGCCACGAAACCACUCCUCCGCGCAACGGGGGUGACUGUCGUGACUGCUUCCGGCUUGACGGAGACCUACCUCGCUCGCAGGGAGGUCAUUGUCAGUAGCGGUGCGUACUGCAGUCCGCCCAUCUUGAUGCGUUCGGGGCUCGGCCGGCGUGAAGAAAAGGAGAAGCACGGCAUCGAAUGCUUGAAGGAGCUUGACGGUGUAGGCAGGAACCUAAUGGAUCAUGUGAUCGUCUUUAUCUUCUAUGAAACAACCCAACACGGCCUAACCACAGAUCACAAACUCUAUCACAAGGGAAACAUGGCCAAUUCCCUCGCCCUAUGGAAGGAUCAGCAGCAGGGUAUCUUCUCGACAUUUCCCUUUGGCUCUAUAGCUUUCUCUCGCCUUGAUGACAGGCUGAACGAAGAACCCAUCUGGAAAGAAGCACAGCAACAGAAACAAAAGGAUGAAUCAGAAACACACACAAGACACAGAAGAGACCCCUUUGGCUUGACCCCCGACCAGCCGCACAUCGAGUUCUUCAUGACCGAAUGUUACGGUGGCCCGUUACAGUUCACUGACUUCCCACACGAUCACCAACAUGCAUUUUCGAUCAUCGCGAACCUCCUAGCUCCCAAGUCUAGGGGUUACGUCUCUCUCGCCUCGAGAGAUCCCCUGCAGGUCCCCAUAGUGAACUGCAAGUUCCUAGAUGACGAGCUGGAUGUCCUUGUCUUGAGCGAAGCGUGUAGGUUCGCAAACGAUAUCGUCGUCAGGGGUGCCGGGACGAAGGAUAUCAUCCGCUAUCAUUCUUCCGGAACUUGUGUCAUGUGUAAAGACAAUGACCCCCAGGCCGUCGUCGACAAUAAACUGCGUGUACGGGGAGUCUCGGGUCUUCGCGUUGCCGACUGCAGCAUCAUGCCCGGUCUGAUCGGAGGCCAUACUCAAAUGCCGGCGUAUGCUAUUGGUGAGAAGUGCGCCGAUCUGAUAAAAGAGACCUGGACCGCAGAAGUGAAGUCAUGAUGAAGUGAUGAUAUCGGCGGCGAUCUUCUCCGCGAGCAUGUCUACAAAGUCGCACAUGAGAAAGAACAGUACCUGUAGUUUAUGAUCCCUAGAAUGGAAAAACUUACAGACCACAGAUUGUGGAUGCCCAGG